GCCGAAGGCCAUUUGCUGAGACAGAGCGCUGCGGGGAGCAUUUGGGGAAGUCGAGAAGAACAUCAGUAGCGACCACUGCCGAGCAUGUACUGCAUGCCCGGUACCAUGCUCAGCACCUUCUGUGUAAUCACUCUGUCACUGUUACCACAACCCUGACUUAGGUGCUUUUAUGAUCCUGUUUUACAGAUGUGGAAAUAGAGGCCCAGAGAGGCUUAAAGCUUGCCUGAGGUCACACAGCCUGGACACUACAGAGCUGACAUUUGAACCCAGAGAAGAGCAAGCUGAAAGCAGACUGGGCAGAAGGCAGGGAGCCGAGCGGUGGCCUGAGAGGCCCUGAGCUCCCUGCAGGCCCGUCCUCGCCGCCAUGAAGCUGAACGAGCGCAGCCUGGCCUUCUACGCCACCUGCGACGCCCCGGUGGACAACGCGGGCUUCCUGUACAAGAAGGGUGGGCGGCACGCCGCCUACCACCGGCGCUGGUUCGUGCUGCGUGGCAACAUGCUCUUCUACUUCGAGGACCCGGGCAGCCGUGAGCCCGUGGGUGUCAUCAUCCUGGAGGGCUGCACCGUGGAGCUCGUGGAGGCCGCCGAGGAAUUUGCCUUCGCCGUGCGCUUCGCGGGGGCCCGGGCCCGCACCUACGUGCUGGCUGCCGAGAGCCAGGCGGCCAUGGAGGGCUGGGUGAAGGCCCUGUCUCGGGCCAGCUUCGACUACCUGCGACUGGUGGUGCGCGAGCUGGAGCAGCAGCUGGCUGCCAUGCAGGCAGGGGGCUGCCCACCACCNCCGCGCCGGCCCCGCGCCCUCCCGCCCAAGGAGAACGGCUGUGCGGUCUGGAGCACCGAGCCACCCGCCACCUCCACGGGCGCCCGGCCUGGCCCAGAGCCCCCGCCACUGCCACCCCGCCGGCGGGCCUCGGCGCCCAACGGGCCUCUGGACUCAGCCACCUUCGCCCAGCUGCACGAAUUGUACGGGCAGGAGGUCAGGGCCCUGAGGAGCCAGUGGCUCCGGAGCCGGGCCCAGCCCUGAGGUCACCGGGAGUCCUGGUUCUGGAGGGACUUGAGUCCUAAGGGGUGCUUUAGGACUCAGAAGAGGCCAUUGUGCCUCAUUCAAAGGAGACUCCUGGGCCUGGCUGAGCCUCAGGAAGCCCGAGGGCUGGUUUUGAAGGAACUUUAGCCCCAGGCCCAGCCAAACCAACCAGCAAAGGCCUGCUGCUGGCAUCAGGUCCCUGACUGGGACCUGGUGAGGAUCACCAGGCAAAUGCCCAGUUAGCCUUGGUCCCUGACAGGACCUUGGCAUGGACAGAGAGAAGGUUCGGGUGUGCCACACCACACGCCACGCCUAGGUCUGACCUCCUUUUGCUCCAGAGAAGCUGGCCUGGCUCCAGGCCGCCUGCCUGCCUGCCUCCAGAAGCAGCAGGUGCAGAAGGUGCCAGCAGGUUAAUGCGGAACCGGUAUGGCGAGCUUGCCUGGUCCCGAGGGCUGCUGGCCCGCCGAGGCCGUGCCUGUGUUCACGUGGUGGCUCUCCCUCGGUCUCCCGAUGGUCCUUAGCCACAUCCUCAGUCUCCUCACCCAGAGCCAGCUCUUCCACCCCCGUCCUGGGACGAGGCCUCUCGGGAGCUCAUCUGACCUGGUCUAGUCUGGCUGGGCAGCCGUGGCCUGAGCUGACUUUCCGGCAGGUUUCACUAGGGAGGGUGGCCCGAGCUGACUCACCGCCCGGAAGGGGCCUGGGUGCUGAUCUGGCAGGGGCAAAGACGCAGUUGCGAAGCUGUGCUUGGCUUCUGAAACCCCCUCCUCCAUCACAGCCCAGCCUCCCUCCAUCCCCAAUAUUCCGAUGGGGAGGCUGGCUGCUGUUUCACUCUCCUCGGCACCACAGUGGCCGUUCUUCAUCCGGAGAGACACUCUGGGGGCUGGGAUACUCCUGGGCCCUCAAGCUGGACCAUGUUUACAAGUCCUCAGUGCCCCACACUGGGGACCCCCUGAGGACACCUCUCCCCAACCUUUAUUCUUCAGAGGGUCCCUCUUGAUGAUAGACAGACUUGGCCCACGAGGCCCCUUCCUGCUGUCUUUAGAGACCUGGGCUGGUGGGGGGGGAAGAACCUGGGCUGGCUCGGGGAGGAGGGGGCUGUCUGUCUGCCAUCACCAGCUCACUGCUGGCUCAGUUGACUGGGGAUUCCGUUUAAUUUAAUUUUUAAUACGUAGGUGGUGUUUCUUUUUAGCAACAACACUUAGCAUUUUCACUACUUCUGUUUCUUGUUGGCUGGUGGGAAGGGACAGGGUGCC